ACGUGGAACGUCCGCCGAUAGUAGAAAAUCACGCAAUCGUCCAAACGGUAGCUAGAUUUUGUGUACAUAAUUAUUGUAAUAAUGAUGGCAUUGUACGUAAAGUGAACAAGCCGAGGCGAGGCGAGCGGUUGGCGAUAUUUUAACAUCCCGCCUCGUAUAACGAGUAGUGUUAGAAGGCCGCCACUGCCGGCUAGCGGUCUUACAAUCUACUCAUUUAUAAUUUCCGAACGCACCUUAAAAAAACCCGCCAACUUUUUUCAACACUUUUUUCUAUAAACCAGCCAAUUAAAAAUGUUACUUUCACGUUUGCGUUUAAGUAAUGCUAUCUCGGUUUCGCUUUUGUUCGGUUAAUAAAUUUUGACAGUCCAAUGAAAAUAUUUACGUAGGGUGCAGUUUUCGAAAACUUUUAUUGGUUUUCUUGUGAAAUGUGUUAAAAAUGCAAAAGACUGUAAUAAAAAUGUAUUAAAAAUAUGAAACGUUAAGUGUUGUGAUAGUUUUCUGUGCUAUGAAGUUGUUAUGUGACUGCAUAAUUUAUCCAGAUAUAUGAAACAAACGAUGACUAAACGCAUAGCGAUGUAACUCUGUCAUAACGAUACACAAUGGCCAGUAAUAUGCAAUUAGAAAUACUUAAUAAUAUGUGAAAUAUUUAUACUUAGUAGUUAUAAGGCCAGUAUUAGUUUUAAUUAUAUUUAUAUAAUGUACGAACACUGCGAAGACAUCGGAAUGAAGACUUCUUUUAUCUAUCAUACAUUCAGAAGGCAAAGAUAGUGGGAUUGGAACAAAAGUUGCUUAAUGGUGUUUAUGGAUGAAAGGGAGGGCGCGGGGCGUCGCGAAAGCCCCGUGCUGCCCGCUAUGGAGGCGUGUGGCCCGCCUGUCCAGCUGGAGCCGGUGGACCUGAGCAUCAAGCGACGGCCGCCGACGCCCAGGAGACGCGGCAGACCGCUGGGUGGAGGAGCCACUCCAACGUCAACGAAAUUAUUCAGAGAAGAAUCCACGUCCACACACAUGAUAUUCCAAUCAAGCCAUCAAGUACCUAAAAUUAAAGUGGGACCAGAUCUCCGCAGCGCUAGGAAACCAAGACAGCAAGUAAACAGAAUUAAACCACCGACAACUCAGAUCUCACCGCAACAGACCCCGCAAACGCACCAAACGUCACUCGAUCUGUCAAAGAGUUUGACACCUCUCGAAAUGUCAAAGUCGUUUCUCCAACCGAUAUUGCCGUUCGCGCUCCCACCCACACAUAAACCUACAGACGUACACAUAAAAAACUUUUUACUAAACACGGCACUACAGAACGCAUUGACAGGCUCUCUUAACCAAUUGACACAAAGGCGCGCGUUUACGAAGACCGUUACAGAGGAAUGUUCGAAAGAUUACAUUAAUAAUAACAACGAAGAGAUGCAGAAUCGUAGGAGGCUCCAUAAAUGCGACGUGGUUGGAUGUCACAAGGUGUACACGAAGAGUUCACACCUGAAGGCGCAUAAACGGACGCAUACCGGGGAGAAGCCGUACUCGUGCGGCUGGGCGGGGUGCUCGUGGCGGUUCGCGCGGUCGGACGAGCUGACGCGGCACACGCGCAAGCACACCGGCCACCGACCCUUCACGUGCCCGCUCUGCGCACGCUCCUUCGCGCGCUCCGACCACCUCGGCCUGCACAUGCGGCGGCAUUGACGUACUCCCGGGUUUACUUAUCGAGGCUUGAUAACCUCAAAAUUAUAAUAAGGGCAUUACACUUGUGAUUUGUUAAUAUUUUUGCUCAACAAUAAUGACAGUAAAAAUGACAAUAUUUAUUGAUAGAGACUUAAUGACGCUUAGCUCUCUCCAGGCUAAACUCUGAAUGAUGUGUUAUCACUGGUAGAUUAUAGAUAUUUUAAGAUUUAUUGAUGUUUAUUUCAUAGUAUAGUCAUGAGAGAGUAUACAGGGUGUUGGAUAAAGGUGGUAUAAAUUACAAUAAGUAUAUUCAAAGUUCAUUUACAGUUAUUGUUUAUGUUAAAAAAACAUAUAAUUUUCUUGAUUUCAGAGAAGUUUUUUUUUACUGCAGCAAUGAAAUAAAAUCUAAUUUUCAAGACUUGUAUAAAUUAAGGAUUCUACUUUUAUGUUUCCCUUUACCAAUAAACUGGGAAUAAUCUUCUCACAGCACACGACAUUGUCAUGCGUACCACCUUUCUAAAACAUCCUAUAAAUGAGCUUCGAACAGCGCUGAAAUAAAAAAAAACGCGUAAUACGAAACCGCGUAAUUACAAUCACGCUUUAGGAUACCAAGUAUCUUGAAUCUAAGGCAAUAUUAUAAUCGGUUUGUUUUUAUAAUAUAAAGUCCCCAAUGAUAAUUUGUAUGGGUUUGUUCUACACAAAAUUGCGCUUUAUAGAGCUCAUCUUAAGAAACAUUUUGCGUCAUUACAUUUUGCAAUAAUUUUAUCUAAGUAAUUUUAUGAUAGAUGUAAGUUUUUUUUAGGUUAGUUUUCAUUUUUCUCACAGAGAGGUAAUUGACAGUUUCUUUGUACGCUUUUUGAGUUUCUCUUGCAAUGCAAACAUUUUUUGUGAUAAUGGAGAUUUAUUUUUUAUCUGAGUUAAAAAAAAACUCAAUCGGUGCGAAUAAGUCAUGAAAAAUGGGGAAUACUUUGACAUGUAUCACUAAUGACUUCUUCCGCGAAUGUUAGACAUUGAAAUUAAACAUGUUUUACGUAUUUUAUCGCGGUUCUUUUUACUGACGUUUCGAAGAUUUUGCAGCACUCAUGGUAACAGGGCGGACUGCAGUAUUCUUCGUCCGAAAAGUUCACGGAAACUUAAAGAAACGUCAGGAAAAAAAAUAUACUUAACAUGACCCUACGUUUGUUAGCAUGGCAAGGGUCGGCUUAUACAAACACACCGAACUUCGCAACCCUUAAACAAAAACUUGUUUAACUUCAAUGUAUCACUAAGACUGGAGCUGAGUGAAACAUACAGCAAUAUAUUAGAGAGAAAGAGAUAAAAGAAUUCAUUAGCUUCGCCGGCCAAUCCAAUGGAAAAGUUGCAUAAAAUCUUCACUACUUCUAAGGCUGCAUGUCAUCUAGAUUAUGGAAACUAAUUUGGGGUAUAUCGUGUUAGACUACCCACCAGUGCCGAAGGGAACUGGACACAACAUAUAAGUACUAAUAAUGUGCAUAUAUACGGUUUUGGAAAUCUUUCUAAUGAUAAUUAUAUUUUACAUAAAUGACGAAAGGGAAGCCGACAAGAAUUAUGUUGUAUGAACCCUUCUCUUACCCACAAGAGCUUCCAACUUGGAAAUAUGUCUUUAAUUAUAAUUUUCUAUUAUCACAAAAAAAGGUUUGUAUUUAGUUAUAAUAAAAUAGAAAUUAAAGGCAUUAGAUAAACGUAAGGCCAGUAAUAAUAAUACAUUUAUUAAUUUUUUUUAUUAGUUGUAAUAUUUUUUUUUUUAGAUUUUACGGAACGUGAUGCAAACUGAAAUCGUAUGUAAUUGUAUAUGAUUUUAUUUGAAAUGUUUAAGCCAGUGUUUAAUUAAGAAAAGUGCGCAGGUUAGUGAUUUUUUCACUAUUUAAAUCAGCAUAAUAAUUUUCAUUUGGUUUAGAUGUCCAAGGUCGAAAUAAUUUAAGUAAAAAACAAUAUAAUGACUUAAACCAAACUGGAUGAAGGUUUUACAUUAAUUUAAUAAAACGGUUCACGUAAUCAUUAAAAUGUGCUGAAGCAAAUUUCUAAUAAAAUACUGCGCUUUAAAUCAGUAGUUAGAUUAUAUAUAAUAAUAUAUUUUUAUUUCGGGUAUGUUAUGUUAGGGGCCCUAACGGAUUACAUAUUUGGGUAAUAUUGUACGCGUUUAGUGAAACCGCGUAUUAGGAGAACACUGCAAGUGAAUGAUUACUAUAUUAAGGUAUUUUAUACCGAAUGUGUUCAGUUAUGUAAUUUUAUGAGAUAGUGACAUGAUUAUAAAAAAACAUUUUGUGGUCACGUAGUAUAAUGACAGUUUAAAAAAUUAUUACUGUUUGUAAAAAUUAUCUUCUAUUGUAUCCAUUUUUCCCCUUAAUAUUUAAUCUAUAGAUUGAAUUGAUUUUCUUAGUAAAAGUUCUUGUUCCGUCUCUUAUGCAAGAAAUUCAUUUACUGUUUCUUGUCCAUUUUUUCUAUGUCACUAUUUCACAAAAUCAAAACUUGUUAAGGGCAUAAAAAAGUAAGUAAAAAAAAUAUGAAAAAAAAGUUCCGCGAUGUCGAAAAAACAUACAGGGCAUUCGUUGCAAUAUUAGUGGUUAAAAAACUUUUUUUUUGUCCUAUAUAUUAUAUUUUUGUACUUAAUACUAAAGUAUUUUAUAUUGUUAUGAUUAUGGUUGUUUUAUUCUAAAUGUUUAUGGUUUAGUGUCAUUUUCGUAAUAGCUAGGUAAGGUAAGAUUUAACUAUGGGGCCAGUAUACCUGAAAUUAUUAAGUAAUAUUUUUUUAAGAAUACUUGAAGCGUGUACCAUUUUUUUUUGUAAUUUUCGAGGUUUAUAGACAUAAAAAAAAGAAUAAUAAUUAUUUAAGUAUUCAAAUUAAAUAUUUUUCUGAGGCAAAGGUAUUACUUAUAGAAACCUACUAGAAAUGCAAAAAAAUAGUACACGACUCAAAACAUAACGUAUUUUAAUUAUAAAUCAACGGAAAAUGUGAAAAAAAAAUGGUGAUGAUUGAUCUCAGAUUGGUUAUUCUAUUUCUAUGUGUUUAUGUAAAUUUGAUCUCAAAAACUAACAUACAUACAGCUAUCAGUUAUGUAUUAACCGUAAAAUGGGUAUAUAUCCAAAUUGUACUAAAAUAUCGAUUUAGUCCAAAUUAUAAUUAUAAAAAAAUACAUUCCUUUUUUGUAGACUGUACCCUAAAUUUAAUAAUUUUUUAGCAAUCAAUUUCCAAAAAAUUAUGCCCUUAAUUUCUAAAAAGUUAAUUUUUAUUUUUAUGUUUUACCCAUUAUGUAAAUCGCAUACAGUGAAAAGUUGAUUUUUUGCUCUACCUUUUAUUGUCGGUUAGUACAUGACUGAUUUUAAACCAGUCUAUUUUAAAUUUAUUGUAAUUGCAAGCAUUUUGCCGGCCAGUAAUAUAUGCAAUCCGUGUCGGUUGAGAGAUGUCGCUAAGUAAAGCUUUAUGGUAUCAGUGCGGGUCCAACUUGAUGUAUUGUGUUUGUUUGAAGAUUUUUUUUACGCUGAAUGUGAUCUAUCGCUGCAAUGUUCCAACGCAACGGAAUAGAGUAGGCACUAUUCUAUUUUUUUUUUUUUGUAUAAUAAUUUUUUUUUCUUUUAUUCUGUUUACCCUGAAGACAAAUAAAUAGUUUCGAUCAAAAGUAAACAGAAUUUUAUAUUUUGUGACUGGUAUUUCAUAAAACGAGGGAAUAUCGGCAUCAUCAGUUAAUUAAGGACGGGAAAUUGGCAACAUCAGUUAAUUACUUGUUGGUGGUAGGAUUUAUUUUAUAUCCGCUCGGAUAGCGACCGCCGUACACAAGGUGUUAAAACCCGCCAUAAUGGCCCACGAAGUGUGUCGCGUUCCGGGAUCAGCCUGUGUAUAACCGAUUCCAGCAGGCCGGCUUAAAUGAGAAGUAAAAUAAACAUUCAUAUGGCAUCAUAUUUCAUGUCAAUAAGAUCGAGUUUCGCGUGUUUCGCGCAAAUGUCAUGUUAGCCGGCUAAGACGCGAACCCGAAUGGUUGUGUCUACUGCGGAGCAAUCAUCUCUUGUCAGUAGACAUUUUAUUGAACCCCACUCCACUUACCAUUGGGGUAAUGUCGGACCCUUAUAAAAAAUACGUUGUAUAUAGCUCAAACUAAAUACAUAUUGCUAUGCUGUCGUGAUGUCUCUUAACUGACGGUUAAUAUUUAAGAAACCUAUUUUUUUAAUAUAAAUAACGUAGCUAUAGUAUACUGUCUAGUGUUCUUAGUUUUUACAUAUUGAUCUUAUUGAGAAUGAGUUGACGAAUUUCGAGAUAUUAAUUUGUUGGUGAUGUUGCAAAAAAGGAUAUGCACGAGACAAGAGUGAUGAUUUUUGUAGUUUUAAAAUUACUUGUAAUAAUAAUAUCAGCUCUGUAUUAUAUACUGUCUCACUGCUGAGCACGGGCCUCCUCUACUACUGAGAGGGAUAAGGCCUUAGUCCACCACGCUGGCCUAGUGCGGAUUUGUGGACGUCACACACCCUUAAAAUCCCUACAGAGAACUUCUCAGGUAUGCAGGAUUCCUCAUAAUGUUUUCCUUCAACAUUACAGCAAGCGAUAAUUCACAAAGAAUAUAUCUAUUUUUUAAAAGUCAGAGGUGUGUGCCCUUGGGAUUUAAAUCUACGGAAAUUCGUCUCGGCAGUCCGUUCCACAACGUACUAGGCUCUCACCGUUCUUUUUAUGCUUGAUUGAAAAUAGAAAUAAUGUUAUGAAAAUUUAAUUAUGUACGUGGUCAUUCUUUAGCACCGCGUCUCACACUCAGGACAAAAACUUACAGGUAUUUCACACGAUUUUCAAUUUUGACGGUUGCUAUUAUUUAUUUUAGUUUUUUUUUAUAGCUGUUUUUAGCAUAGUCUAGACUCCGAGGUCUAGCGUAUUUUAAUAUUUUGCAAUAUCACUGGUGAUUUUCACUGAAAUUCGACAAUAUGGUGCUGGAUGAGCUAAAUAUAAUGUUACGAAUUAUAAUGAUUCCUAUUUUACAGAGAGAGUUUAAGUUCACGUUUGUACCUAUUUCGUGUUUUUAUAUGGCAAUAAAGUGUUAAAAGUUGG